ACAUUCGUAGUAAUGAUGAUGCUACUUAUGUACAUAGUCAAGUUAACUUAGGGCACAAACAGUCUCGAGAGUGUAAUAGUCUAAUUUUCCAGUAUUGACAAGGCUCACAGUUUGAAUCACCAAAUUAUACAUACUACAUAGAAUUAUUAUUUCAUCAAAACAGUUACAUACCUAGUAGAGAUACUAAUUCGGUAAUUAACGGAUUCGGAUUCUUCUUUUGUAUGUAGAUAACCUAUUAUUAUUGUGAUGGAAAAAAAAAUUGAACUCUAUAUGAGUAAGGUUUCCCACGUUCGUCUGCAUGCGUAAAUGAAUCAAUCUAUAAAGAUUUAAAUACCUAUCUAUUUAGUAUAGUUUUUGUGUUGCCUGGUUCGUGUAUCGAUUUUUAUUUUAUAAAAUCAUGUUGCUAUUAUCAUUUGUUCUUCAUUGAUGUGUGGUUAGUGGUUUAAUUCAUCUAUAUAAGUGGGAUUUGAAUUUUUUUUUACACAAGACGUCGAAUUAAUGCCCGAUGGUCUUUGGUUCGUCGCGACUGGAUGAUUGAUUUAAUUUCAAUUCCAUAAUUAUUGUGAUAUUACUCACCUGAGACAGAUAAAAUGCUCAACAGAUCACAAGUACCUACUUACUGAACGACAAGAGGACAAAAUCUGCCAAGACAUAUUUUUCACAAAAUACAUUCUGUAUUUUUGUUGAAGUCGUUUCAGCUCAUCUUGAAUAUUGAAGCUCGAGACUUCUAAAUGCAAAAAUCUCGCGAUUGAUUAAAUUCUGAAAUAUUUCCGAUACGAGGCCAUGCUUGAAAAUGAUCAAUAUCAUUACUUAUCUAUUUUACGGAUGCGGAAGUUUUUUUCUCGUACUUGGACUAGCGAUAAGCGGAUUUUGGGAACCGUUAUUUCACAAUAUAUUAGCUAACCAAUUAGUUCUAACGAAGGAUUCGCAAACCGGAGAAGUUUGGAGUCAAAACUCAGUUCCUAUUUAUUUUAAGGUUUAUAUGUUCAAUUGGACGAAUCCUACUCAAACGUUGGCCAGAAAACAAAAAGCCAAUUUCGCGGAAGUUGGACCGUAUACAUUUAGGUUUUCCCAAAUUAAAUCUAAUGUUAUUUGGAAUCAAAAUGGAACUGUUUCGUUUCGAGUUGAUCGAUUAUGGAGUUUUGUUCCUGAAAAGUCGAAUGGCAACCUGACUGAUCAUAUUACCAAUAUUAAUGCAGUUGCUAUUUCUCUCGGUGAAAGAGUCAAAGACACGCUUUGGAUCAAGAAAUUCCUCUGGAGUGCAUUUCUCGACAUACUCGAGAAGCAAUUAUACGUGACUAAAACAGUCGAAGAAUUGCUUUUCAAAGGAUACCGCGACGAAGUCCUAGAUAUCGGAAGAUUCGCCAAAAAAUAUUUAGCGAUGGAUUUCGGAUAUUUACCCGAAAAGUUCGGAUGGUAUUUUAGGAAAAAUGCAACCGAGAAAAAUACUUUCAAUAUGUUCACCGGUGCAGAAGAUAUAAAUAAGCUGGGUUUAGUGCAUUCUUGGAAUUUUAAAACUGAUAGCGGCGUUUAUUCCGAUCACUGCGAUCAAGUGAGAGGAUCGUUGGGCGAACUUUGGCCAAAGAAUAGCGCUGAAAAAGAUAGCGUUUCUUUGUUCAUAUCUGAUUUUUGCGGAUCAUUCGAAUUAGAAAAAUCCGGAACUCAAAUCGUACACGGUGUCGAAGGAGUACAAUUCACCGGAACUGCGAAAACUUUCAAUAAUACGAAUAAAAGGGCGAAGAAUCGGUGCUAUUGUAAAAACUCCAAAUGUACUCUCCCUUCAGGAGUCAGAGACGUAUCAAAUUGUGUCCACGGACCCGUUUAUGUUUCCUUUCCACAUUUUUAUUUAGCCAACGAUAUUUACCGAAGGGCUAUCAAAGGCAUGAAGCCGGAUCCUGAAAAACACAAGUUUUCCAUAACCAUGCAAAAGGAGAGUGGGAUAUUGACGGAGAUUUUCGCGCGGUUUCAAAUCAAUAUAAAAGUGGAACCGUAUCCAGGAAUUGGCUUCUUCUCAAAUUUGCCAAGAAUGAUGGUUCCUACAGUAUGGUUCGAAGAAUACAUCGAAUUACCAGAAAAUCUACAAAAUCGUAUGAAAUUAGCUUUCAAUCUCGCACCAAAUUUGCUAUCAACGUUCGGAUUUAUAUUUAUAAUUCUCGGUUCCGUUCUGUUGAACUGCGGAUAUAUUUAUACGCAAAUGUAUGUAAUUUCCGUCGAUCCUGCACCCAUAUCGAACAUGAUACUUUAAUUGUUACAGUUUACGAUAAGAUUAAGUACCUAUAAGAAUAAAACAUCAUUUUCAUUAUUAUAAGUAUAAUACCCGAAUGCUUUUGUGUGAUGUACGAGUAUAAGUAAUUAAGUAUAUGAAUUUGUAUAGUUUCGAAAUAUAUGUAAUAUCAUUAUUCAUUUUAGUAUUUAUAAAAGUGUAAAGUGUAAAUAUUUGCAAUAAUUUUAUAUUUUCAUUAGAUAGGUACCUAGUACUCGUAAUCUAUCCAUGAUAAUAAACGAGCGAUAAAUCUCGAGA